UCGGAGUCCGAAUUCGGAGGCCGCUGGUAGGGAGCUGGGGAGGUGUGGGGGUCACUGAGCUGCAAAACGUGAAUGGCGGUAGGACAGAAUUUCGUGUGGCAGCCUGGUGCCUAGGGACGAACGAGGAGUUCUUUCCAACUCUCAGCGGAAACCUGUUUUUUGGUUUGGUUUGGUUUGGGUUUUCGAGAAUGUUUGUAGCUCUGUAUGUAGCCCUGGCUGCCCUGGAACUCGUUCCGUAGACCAGGCUGGCCUCGAACUCUAGAGAUCCGCUUGCCUCUGCCUCCCAAAUUAAAGUCGUGUGCCACCACCGCCGGGCAAUUAUCUUUUUAAUUUAUUUUUUGGUGCGGCCCUGGGUGAGGGUGGGGGGUGAAAAUCAGGACAGCUUGCAGUAGUCUGUCCCCUCUUUCCACCAUAUGGAUCCAGGGCUCCAACUCAGGUCGUCAAGCUUGGCGGCAAGUGCCUUUACUUGCUGAGCCAUAUCACCGUGCAGUGAGAGGAUUGUUGUCUAUAGGUCCUGAAGAAUGAAGAUUUAAAUUCAAGGUCAUGGCUAAACAUCUGAAGUUCAUUGCCAGGACUGUGAUGGUUCAGGAGGGGAACGUGGAAGGUGCCUACAGGACCCUGAACAGAAUCCUCACCACCGACGGGCUUAUUGACGUCAUAAAGCGACGACGCUACUAUGAGAAGCCUUGCCGCCGCCGCCAGAGGGAGAGCUAUGAAACAUGCCGGAGGAUCUACAACAUGGAAAUGGCUCGAAAGAUUAACUUCUUGAUGCGAAAGAACCGUGCAGACCCAUGGCUGGGCUGCUAAGGCUUGAGCCCACAUUGUUUCUACGUCCAACUCCUUUUUUUAUGCAACCAAUUUCUGUUACUUUUCUCCACAAUAAACUCAAUCACAGGUGAACAAGAAGGCUUGGACAUACA